GAGACAGAGAGGAAGGGAGGUGGAGAGGGGCCCCGUGUAGGAGAGAGGGCUACAGGGUGAGGAAGAAGUAGAGGAAAAGUUAGGAGAAGUAGGAGAAGGAGGUUUUAGGGAAAGAAAAGAACGGGUGCAGAGAUUAACAACUACAGGAGAGAAGAAGAAGGGAAACAACAGACAGGAAGGAAGGGGAAGGAGAAGUCUUGGGUAGAGAGGAAGAAAAAAAAAAAGAGCUGAAGAAAAGUUUUCUUCUGGGAAGACUCAGAUGAGGAAAACAGAGCGAGUGAAUGACUGGGCUAGAGAGAGCAGAGAGGGGAGGAAACCAAUUGUUUUCUAAGGCAUUUUCCACACAAGCCUCUGGACUUCUUUGGACAUGUACACAGAAGGCUCACAAACAACGGGACAUCACCGAUUUCUUCAGCACAUCAACACCCCCGCCCCCUGCUCCUGCCAGCACUGCGUCCACUAUGAGCAGCCAGCGUACGGCCAUCACGGUGGGCUGGGAUACCAACCAGCAUCAGCCAGACAGACAGACCACCCAUCUCUGGACUGCAGGAGAGACACCCAGGCUCCUCGGGUUAAAGACAUAGGAGGGAGAGCUUUCGUAGCGGACAGAGCUGAGAGAAGCGGUCAUCGCAGCCCACAGAGGAGGCCUGUGUUCGCAGGGCUGGGCCCUUACAGCCAGUCAGACGACUUGAGCCAAGUUUGCCCCCGGGAGUUGAACCCUGCCCAGUGGAGCCACCCGCCAGAGCCUGGGGUGAGACACUACCCGUCUGUCAGAGAACAGUGUGGCUGUGUGGUGCGCAGCGACACCAGGGCACACCCCUUUAACACCGGGAUACCACAUCCUCGCCCCCAUCUUCAGGUCAGAGGUCAGGGGUACAGGCACCGGAGGACUGUCAGGUAUGUCUCAGUGGAAGAGGAGGAAGAAGGCUGCAGAUGCAACUCUGAGAGCUAUCAUUCGGAGCCACACAAUCCACAUCUGGGUCGUUUACACACACCAAAUUGCCACUGUGGACCGAGGCCUGUGUUCAUUGAGGGAGGGGAGGAAAGAGAUAGCCAUCAGGACCGGGGCAGACUGAAGGGUGGAUCAGAGGAGGGCUGUAAUGGACGCGGUGGCUCUCACAAAGGUUUCUUCCCCACUGAAGUCCCACAAAAACACUUGAACCAAAGAAGACAGAAGGAGCCCGGCGCCCCACCCUCUGGAAACACCAGUCCAGAGCCCUCACAAUCGACAGCCAACGGGGACCAUCAGUGCCAGGGUUCGGAUGUGGCGAAGCAGAAGAGGAGGCAGGAUUCGGUGAGGGAUAAAAUCAGACAAGUGGUGACAAAUCUGGAGGAUGUGUUGGGGGGUUUGAAGCAAGUUCACGUGGAGAUGAAAGAGGUGGUCCAGCAGAUUGAUCGUCUCACAGCCAGAAUUGACCUCAGCGCCCCCAGCAUCACUCAGGGGGCGUCCGGUAACUGUCACGGCUCAACUCAUCCAGGUGACCCUAAUCACAAGCCUGCUCCAGUCCAGGCGAUGGAACACAUCGUCGAAGACCGCAUCAUAUUAAGAACUAACUCUCCCUCCCCUGUUCACAUGGCAUCCGUCGUCAAAACCAGCCGCUUCACCCCACCCAGCAUCACUAAGGACAUCAAUCACGAAAGGACAGGCGUAAAUGGCCACCCGCCUCACCUCUAUCCCCCCAGAGACUCCAACCACGUUGGCCAAACUCGUCCUGAGCCCCACCCACAGAGCCUGGACCCCAAGGUCAUUAUUGGUAACAGCACCUCCAGUUCAAGAACUCAGAAGCCUCCUCUUUACCCUCAAAACGGGCGCUGUGGGAAGGGCCCGUACCCACCUCCCAAGCCUGUGAGGACCCCUGCCUACCCUGCGAGAGGCUGCCAGAGCACCAGCAUGGUGUGAGGGAGGGGGGU